ACAUUUUAUUCUUUCCGCAGGAAUUGCAUAGUAGGAAAACAGUAUAGGAUAAAAGUCUCAGACUUGGGUUACGGGAGGACUUUGUAUAUCAACGACUACUGCAUCAUUGCUGAAUCAAGACCGCUUCCGUUAAGGUGGAUGGCGUGGGAAAGCAUCUUGCUGGGCAAGUACACAUCGAAAAGUGACGUGUGGUCCUUCGCCGUCACGCUCUGGGAAAUUCUAUCCUUCGCACGGGAGCAGCCCUUUGAAGAGUUCAACGACUCCAAGGUGCUGGAAAACGUAACCUGCUACUAUCAAGAUAAUGGACGGCAUAUUUUAUUAAGCGUCCCGAUCAACUGCCCGAAGGAGAUCUACGACCUGAUGUGCGAGUGCUGGCAGAGGAACGAAUCGGACAGGCCAACGUUCCGAGAGAUACACCUCUUUUUGCAGAGGAAAAACUUGGGAUACCAUCCCGAAUUGAACUGACGGUGGCUUUUCUUUCUACCAACGACAAUAAUGUAGAAUAUGUGAUAUAACUUUAAUUUGCAAUUCUAAAUUUGUUUUUUACUUAAGUGUACCUUAACGGCGAACGCCCCUCUAGAAGCUACCUACAAUCUUUCGAAAUUAUGUCCUGACAGCACACUUCUUUCAGUUAAGGUACGUAAGUGCCAGUCUGUGUGCCUUCUAUCCUUGCUGCUAACUUGCUUCCUACAAGUGCAUUAAAUUAAUACGCCUCUCGUCAGCUUCCGAUUCCAAAAGUUAAUAAUGUAGAUGUUAAUCUUGUUAUUGGUGUUGGAUUGUAAACAAUACUUUAUCCAUAUAGAAGCCAAUCAUUUUCAAAGCUACGAAUAUCGUUAAAUAUAUAAUGUAAGAAAAUGCUACUCGGCGCUUUCAAUAAAAUUUACGUAAAAUUAUGUACCAAGCAAAUUAUAUACAAAGAAAGCAAUCAUAUCGGUUAAAUAAAUCAAAACCUCUAAUCUUUGUAAAUAUAACAUUACACGUAAGGUAUGUAAUUUGUCUUUUGUACAUUAACAUUGUUAUUAUUCUUACUACGGACCAAUUUAAAAUAAAAUCGUAGAAAUCG